AUGUACCCAGGCGUCCUGGCUGCCUUCCUCUUCUUGAGUUGGACUCACUGUUGGUCCCUGCCUCUUCCCAAUGAUGAAGAUUCUGACGAUUUGUCCGAGGAAGACUUCCAGUUUGCAGAGAAUUACCUGAAAUCAUACUACUAUCCUCUGAAUCCUGCUGGAAUCCUGAAGAAGACGGCAGCAAGCUCUGUGGUUGACAGGCUGAGAGAAAUGCAGUCUUUUUUCGGCUUAGAGGUGACUGGCAGACUUGAUGAUAACACCUUAGACAUCAUGAAAAAACCAAGAUGUGGGGUCCCUGAUGUGGGUGAAUACAAUGUUUUUCCUCGAACUCUCAAAUGGUCCAAAAUGAACUUAACCUACAGAAUUGUGAAUUAUACCCCUGAUUUGACUCAUUAUGAAGUUGAAAAGGCAUUCAAAAAAGCCUUCAAAGUUUGGUCUGAUGUGACACCUCUGAAUUUUAUCAGAAUUCAAAAUGGCACUGCGGAUAUCAUGAUCUCUUUUGGAACUAAAGAGCAUGGUGACUUCUACCCAUUUGAUGGACCCUCUGGUCUAUUGGCUCACGCUUUUCCUCCUGGACCAAAUUAUGGAGGAGAUGCCCAUUUUGAUGAUGAUGAAACCUGGACAAGUAGUUCCAAAGGUUACAACUUGUUUCUUGUUGCUGCCCAUGAGUUUGGCCAUUCCUUAGGUCUUGACCACUCCAAGGACCCAGGGGCACUCAUGUUUCCCAUAUAUACCUACACGGGCAAAAGCCACUUUAUACUUCCUGAUGAUGAUGUACAAGGGAUCCAGUCUCUAUAUGGUCCAGGAGAUGAAGACCCCAACCCUAAACAUCCCAAAACGCCAGACAAAUGUGAUCCUUCCUUAUCCCUUGAUGCCAUUACCAGUCUCCGAGGAGAAACAAUGAUCUUUAAAGACAGAUUCUUCUGGCGUCUGCAUCCUCAGCAGGUUGACGCAGAGCUGUUUUUAACAAAAUCCUUUUGGCCAGAACUUCCCAACCGUAUUGAUGCUGCAUAUGAGCACCCUUCCCAUGACCUUAUCUUCAUCUUUAGAGGCAGAAAAUUUUGGGCUCUUAAUGGUUAUGAUAUUCUGGAAGGUUAUCCCAGAAAAAUAUCCGACCUGGGAUUUCCAAAAGAGGUUAAAAAGAUAAGUGCGGCCGUUCACUUUGAGGAUACAGAGAAGACGCUCUUCUUCUCAGGAAACCAAGUCUGGAGCUAUGAUGAAACUAACCAUAUGAUGCAUAAAGACUACCCCAGACUAAUAGAAGAGGACUUCCCAGGAAUUGGUGAUAAAGUAGAUGCUGUCUUCGAGAAAAAUGGUUAUAUCUAUUUUUUCAAUGGGCCCAUACAGUUUGAAUACAGCAUCUGGAGUAACCGUAUUGUUCGUGUCAUGCCAACAAAUUCCCUAUUGUGGUGUUAA